AUGGGGAAGGAAGCCGAAGACUUAUUGGCGUCACUAAGCCUAUCAGACGCCGACCUCGCGGACUACGCAACAGUGAAACGCAAGUUCGAGGGACACUUCAUACCGUGCACAAACGUCAUUUUCGAGAGGGCCAAGUUUAAUCGUCGUAAGCAGGAAGCGAACGAGUCGGUCGAAUCGUUUAUCACAGACCUGCACAACCUCGCUGACACGUGUGAAUACGGUUCACUGAAAGACGACCUCAUUCGUGACCGGUUGGUUGUAGGACUUUUGGACCUCGGUCUAAGUGAAAAGCUGCUACUAGACUCGAAACUCACACUUCAGUCUGCAGUAAAAAUUGCACGGAACUCCGAAUUCGUCAAAAAGCAACAAAACGAGCAACGCGACGCAACGGAACGCGGUGCUUCGGUCGACGAGCUGCGACGCUCAAAAGAACGCCGCAACCAUGGAGGCGCGCAGCGGAAACCAGUCAAACCUCCAGCGGUGCACUUCACUGGAAGAAAUUUGUGCAAGUGGUGCGGCAGUACACAGCAGCAUUUCAAGAAGCAGUGUCCAGCCUUCGGAAAGCUCUGCAACAACUGUGGGAAAACUGGUCACUAUGCAAAAGUAUGCUUGUCGGGACGCCAACAACCUAUAGGGCAAAGGGUGUUCGGAUCCAGCACAAAGAAAUCAAGGACAGCAAACACGGAGGAAGUGUUUCUUGGUGAGGUCAGCGAGACAGACACCCAGGAACCUUGGUUCAUCAUUGCACUUGUGAACAGUCGUCCUGUUCGCUUCAAAGUCGUCACAGGAGCAGACGUGAGCGUAAUCCCUGCUUCGCAGUAUGACAGCAGCCGCAUGCAGACUCUGAAAACACCUGACAAAAGACUUGUCGGACCGGGCAGAACACCCAUCACAACAAAGGGAAUGUUCAGUGCAACAAUCGCAUGGCAAGGCAAGUCUGUUCAGCAACGGGUUUUUGUAGUGGAAGGCUUGCAAACAGCUCUAUUGGGACGACCAGCCAUACGUGCUCUCGACAUACGGUCACACCUGGAGGCGGUUGAGGCCAACAAACAAACCGAAGCAAGACACAUGGUGUCCCCCGAGGCAAGACCAGAGUUCUCCCAACUCUUCACAGGACUUGGUAAAAUGAAAACUCCCUACAAGGUGACACUCAAAGCAAAUGCUACGCCGUAUGCAGUGACAACUCCUCGACGAGUGGCUGUUCCACUCCAGCCUAAAGUCGAACAAGAACUACAGAGAAUGAAGGAUCUUGGAGUGAUCCAGCAGGUUUACCAUGCGACACCAUGGUGUGCACCUAUGGUCAUUGCAUCGAAACAGAAUGGAGAGAUCAGAAUCUGCAUUGACUACACUGAAUUGAACCGCCAGCUGAUGCGGGAAAGGGUCAUCAUGCCUACAGUUGAAGAAAACUUGGCGAAGCUGGCCAAUGCAAAAGUUUUCAGCAAGCUUGAUGCAAAUUCUGGCUACUGGCAGACACCCCUCGCACCAGAGUCCCAGGACUUGACCACAUUUAUCACGCUGUUUGGGAGAUUUCAGUUCCUGCGAUUACCUUUUGGCAUUGCGACAGCGCCAGAGUUCUUUCAGCUUCGCAUUCUUGAGGGACUCCCCGGAAUAGCAUGCCACCAGGACGACGUCGUCGUUUUUGGGAAGAACGAGGCGGAGCACAAUGCAAACCUCACAGCAGUGCUUCAGAGGCUCAAGGGCGCAGGAAUGACUCUAAAUCCACGCAAGUGUGAAUUCAGCAAAAGAAGAGUCAAGUUUCUCGGACACAUCUUGAAUGAAGCGGGUAUCGCUGCUGACCAGGAGAAAACUGAAGCCAUCAGAAAGAUGCCACCGCCAGAGAACACCACCGAGCUCAGGUCGUUCCUGGGCAUGGUCAACCAGCUGGCAAAAUUUCUCCCGGGACUGGCCGAGAAGACAAAACCUUUGCGAGACCUGCUGCUGGAUGAAGCAGUUUGGGUUUGGCACCAGACUCAACAAGAAGCCUUCGAUCGGGUCAAGGAUGACCUAACGACAACACCAGUGUUGUGCUACUACGAUCCACAAAGGCCUCUGACGAUAUCAGCUGAUGCCUCCUCCUAUGGCUUGGGAGCUGUUCUGCUCCAAACAAAUGACGGCAAGCGGCAGCCAGUGGCAUACGCUUCCAGGGCAAUGACACCGACAGAACAAAAGUAUGCUCAGGUGGAGAAGGAGGCACUUUCCAUAACAUGGGCGUGUGAACGUUUCAGGAUGUACGUGCUCGGUCUGCAGUUCAGUAUAGAGACUGAUCACAAACCCUUGGUGCCUUUGUUCUCAACAAAACGCAUUGACGAAAUGACACCGCGACUGCAGCGCUUUCGCAUGCGUGUGCUUGCGUAUGACUUCACGAUUUCACACAUACCAGGAAAGGACAUGCACACAGAUGAUAUCUUGUCGCGCAAACCGCUGCAGUGCUCCGGCAAACACCUUGCAUCCGUCAUAGAAGAGUACGAACUUCUGACCAUUGAGCAGCUGCCAGCAUCAACUGAGAUGCUGAACAGGACCAAAAUCGAGCUGCAAAAAGAUGCAACGACAUCACUGGUCAUGCACUACUGCACUACCAAAUGGCCAAAAGCAGAAAUGCUGGCACCUGAGGUGCGCAAGUAUGCAAGUGUGCCCGAUGAACUGUCUGUCGUACAGGGACUUCUACUUCGGGGCACAAGGAUAGUCUUUCCCCCUUCAUUACGCAAAGAAGUUCUGCAGCGACUACACACAGGACACCAAGGCGUUGUGAGAUGCCGAGCAAGAGCACGGGAGUCUUCGUGGUGGCCAGCAAUCAGCCAGGACGUUGAAACGUACGUGAGAAGAUGCCCCACCUGCACAAAGCACCGUCCUGUGGCAAAUGAAGACUUGCUUCAGACACCGCUCCCAGAACGCCCGUGGCAAGUGGUAGGCACACACUUGUUGCACCACGAAGGGAGGAACUACAUAGUAGCUGUUGACUACUACUCAAGGUUUUUUGAACUGGAAGAGCUUUGUGGAACGCAAACCAAACAUGUGGUGCAGUUCCUUAGUAAUUUGUUCGCUCGCUAUGGCAUUCCGGACAUUUUGAGGUCCGACAAUGGCCCGCAGUACAGCUCACUCGAGUUCCUGCAAUUUAUGAGCAGUUGGGGUGUAAGACAUGUGACCUCCAGCCCGCAUUACGCGCAAAGCAAUGGCGAAGCUGAGAGAGCAGUCCAGACUGCCAAGAACAUUAUCCGUGAAUCCACGAAUGUUGCGGAAGGCCUUCUUGCCCACAGAGCUACACCUGGACCCGAGGGUUACUCGCCAGCUGAGCUUCUCAUGGGCCGCAAGCUCAAAACAAACGUCCCUACUCUGCCUGAAACACUUGAGCCCAAGUGGGAAUACCAGAAUCAGUUCCGGCAAAACAAUGCGGUCAUUCGUGGGCGAGAAGCCAAACUCUACAACAGGAGGCGUAAAACAAGAGACAGGCCACCGUUAAAGCCAGGUACAGUGUUCAGAACCAACAACAAGGAACCAUCGUUGGAGAGUCAAACGCACCGAGAUCUUAUGUUGUGCAAACGGCCAAAGGAAGCGUUCGUCGCACAAAAGCACAUCUGCAAGAGGUUCCCGAACUGCACCACCGAAACAAGCAGGAACGGGCUGUUCUGA